UCCAAUCACGACUACAAGACAGGCGGGUUACUGCUCUACGUUGAAGACAUCAACUACUUACUACUCUCCUCGUUCUACACGAACGUUUGCUCCGUGUUCGUCAAAAUGGGUGGCCACGCUUUCAAGGGCCUUCACUGUCCUCGAAUCUCUCCCGACGUCUAUGCCAAAGUCAAGACCCAAACCACUACUGCCUUACAGACGAUCUUCUCCCAUGUCGUGGUGCCCACCGAGAUGCCAGAGAAAGAAAACUACGGAGAUAUCGACUUUCUGGUGUCCGGUGGUUUCCACUCGUCCAUCACUGCCGACACCUUCGAUUGGCCUAGUACCGUCCACGCAAUCAAGACAGCGUUCAACACCAUCCAUGGACGACGUGGCUUCCUCAAUCCUGACUGCAUGUACUUUGCGAUUGCCGCGCAGGAUGAACAUGAAGAGUACUUUGUGCAGGUCGACGUCAAGGUAUGCUUCAAGCCCGAACUCUUUGAGUGGUACACGUUCGAGUUGAACUACGCGAGCAACAGCAAGAUGAUCGGAAGUAUGGUGAAACCUUUGGGUCUCACCAUUGAUCCCGAAGGCUUGCACAUCCGCGUUGAAGACAUCGAAGGAACGAACUUCCCUGGGAGUAUGGUGCGAGUCAGCAAGGAUCCUAGGGAUGUAUUGAGGGUCCUCGGCUUGGAUCGUAGGAUCGUCGAUGGAGGCUUCAAGACGAAAAACGAGAUCUAUGAGUACUUCGCCAGCUCCUGGCUCUUCAAUCCGGCCCACUUCGCUGCCCGGCUGGCUAAAGAGAAAUACAACGACCGACUGGAUGAUCGCUCUCCUCACUGGACACACUUUAUCAGGCAGUGGGUUCCAAAACACUACCCCGACUACAAGUUCCUCGGCAACCCAACACUUGGCGACCGCGAUGGAGAUGUUGAUCAGCAGCAAGACAAGAAUCUCCAGCAGUGGUACAAGCAGACUCGGGCUGCAGUCAAGGAAAAAGUGCUCACGAUGUUCCCACAUGUCGCGGUUACUUACUACACCAAGCGCGCUGCUCAUGUCAAAGAGCUUGAGGAGAGAAGACUAAGGAAGCUGAUCAUAGAGGCACUUCCUACCGGUGCAGAUGGCUGGAAGGAUGACUUCCCUCGGCCACAAAUCAUCACCAUCAACAACCAGGCAGAACCCGUCACACCGGAGCUCAAGCCGGUUGUCGACGGAGAACUGACACCGCCACUCACACCCACCAUACUGAGUGGAAAUGCGUUGGACAACACGAUCCUUCCUCUCUCAAUCUCGUCACUUACUCCUCCGAUCGCGUCAACCCAGUCAUGGAAUGUGCCUCUCUACCUUGAACCUCUCCCACGCUCACCUCCACUGACCUGUACACCCCACCCACCACCUGCUAAGAUGUCGUUAGACGCCAAACUUCUCUGCCUCGCACGCUGGACACUCUUCGAUCCUGAUACGGGAGCUCCUUACCUACUUUCCACACCUCGUGAUAAGGACUUCGACAUGCAUUGGACAGAUGCUCGGUAUGCGGGUGCUACAGAUGACGUCUUGACCAAGUGGGCCAGGGACAUGUGGUGGCAUGUAUGGGUUAGGCAGUCUUAUGUCAAUUACGUUGGGAUGUGGAAGAAGAGGUUUGAGAAGGAGGAUAAGAAGGCAGAGAAAGCAAGGGAGGUGGCGGCGGCGGAGAGACAGGCGGAGGAGUUGGUUCGUGCGAAUAAGCAGAAGAUCUUGAAUAGGUUGAGGGCGGUCAAUGUAGGCCUGGGUUUAGUGGAUGGUGGUGUGGAGACGUCCUGAAGACAGAUUGGGUUCUGGUAUGGGCGAGCAGACUGCGCAGUCCUUUGCAGAUGAACGUGUUGGGAAGUGAUGACGGUUCUCAUUGGGUUGGAGUUCCGAUGAACACACACUGGAGUCUCAUGAUG